AUGAGACUUGAUAAGUUUUUUGUAGAAACUUUGGCGCAGAUAUAUUUUGCUUUCCUAAGUUUAUAUAAUGUUAGAGGCGUGUAUAUUGAACAAGUGAAGUUAGAAACAAAUAAAAGUAUUACAAUAAUCGGUAGAAAGUUAUUUACAAUUUACGAAAAUAAACCAUAUGCAACAUUCAGUGAUAUUCCUUAUGCAAAAGUUCCUGUACAAGAACGAAGAUUUAAGCCGCCAGAAGGACCAAAAAAAUUGAUGCCGUUGGUUACUUAUGAUUUUAGUAAUGAAUUGUUGCACACAUGUGACUAUGGGUCUUCAGAAAAUUGCUUAAAUCUAGUUGUUUACAUGCCACUUUCAAUUAAUGAACGAACUAGCUUUCCAGUUGUGGUAUGGAUUUACGAAAAUUUCAAAGACCAUGAACCGGAUUUCUUAAUUGAAGAGGAUAUUUUGGUUGUCGCUGUUUCUUUUAGAAUGUCUAUAUUAGGAUUUUUAAAUACCGAAGACGAAUUUUCAAAAGGAAAUAUGGGGGCUAAAGAUGUCGUCAUGGCACUUAGAUGGAUAAGAAAUAAUAUAGAUUUAUUUAAAGGGAACUUCAACAAGGUUACAGUGAUUGGAUCGGGAGUAGGCGCUGAUAUUGUGGCUUCAUUUUUAGUAUCUAAUGCCGCUGAAGAUUUAUUUAAUCGAGUGGUUAUUCAGAGUGGAAGUGCUAUCUCACCGAAAGUUUAUAGAAAGUAUAAUUUUAAAAUUAUUAAUAAAUUAUACUGGAAACUUAAUGGGCACUUUGAGAAACUUAAUCGAGAAAUGCUUUACGAAUUUUUAAGUACUGCAUCUGUUAAUAAUUUAGUGUUAUUAUCUCGCAAUCUUGUCGAUAGUACUGAAAUCCGAGAUAAUCAAAGACCAAUAAAUGCAUUCGGUUGUACUAUUGAAACUACUAAAAGAGACAGUUUCAUGUUUAAGCAUCCUAUUGAAAUAUAUAAAAGAAAGUUAGCAAACUAUAAUGUCGAUGUUAUGUUUGGAUUUUCAAAUUUCGAAUCUUUAUUUAAAUUAAAAGAUUUUAUAAACAACAGAAAUCUUCUAAGAUAUUUAAAUCAUAAUUUUCAAUAUCUUUUGCCUUUUCAUGGAAGAUCUGACGAGUUUAACUCAAAGCGUUAUAAAAGGAUUCAAAGAAACAUAAUGAAUUUUUAUUUUAUAAAUGGCACAAUAUCAGAACGCAGCUUAAAACGCUAUGUCAAGUAUCAUUCGGACCAAGUUAUUUAUCCAUUACUCCAACAAGCAAGAUUACAUAGUGAAGGAUCCUCUGGAAAUGUCUAUUUAUAUAGAUUUUCAUAUAAUGGAAGUUUUAAUGUUAAAUGGAAAUAUCUUAUUACAAAAUUAAGUUGGUCAGGGGCAACAUCUGGCGAUGAAAUUUGUUAUCAAUUCAAAUGUAAAUCUUUUAAAGAUAUGUAUAACAGUAAACACACUUUAAAAGAAAAACUUUUUAUUAAAAAACUGAUGAAGUUAUUGGUUAAUUUUGUCAAAUACGGAAAUCCGACUCCAAAAAAUACGGAUAACGUUUUGGGAAGUUUGAAGUGGGAGCUUUUCAAUGAAACCUUAAAAGUAUUGAAUUUCGGUAGGACUAUAAAAAUGAUUACAUUGCCCGAAGAAAAAAGAAUGCGGUUUUGGGACAAAUUAAAAUGUGAUUUUUUUGAUAAUGAUCUUUGA